AUGGACACAUCACCGUCGUCCCCACCUCCAUCCCCGGUGAUUCUCCACCUCGAUUCAAUCAGAGCUCUCAAAAUCCUCGGUAAAGGCGCCACUGGAACCGUCUUCCUUGCUCACGACGUCGCUUCACUCUCUUCUUCUUCCUUCGCCGUCAAGCUCGUCCACAAAUCCUCUGCCUCCUCUCUCCGCCGUGCACUGUGGGAAAUCGAGGUCCUCCGUCGUCUCUCCGUCGACUCCAAUCAAAACCCUUUUCUCCCUCGUCUCUUAUCUUCCUUCGAGUCACCGGAAUUCUUCGCCUGGUCCGUACCUUAUUGCUCCGGCGGCGAUCUCAAUGUCCUCCUCCGCCGUCAAAACGACGGCGUUUUUAGCUCCUCUGUUAUUAGAUUCUACGUGGCUGAGAUCGUAUGUGCGCUUGACCAUCUUCAUUCCAUGGGGAUCGCUUACAGAGACUUGAAACCUGAAAACAUUCUGAUUCAACAAUCCGGUCACGUUACACUCACCGAUUUCGACCUUUCUCGGAGCCUCAAAAAACCCACCCGGCCGCAAUUCUAUCAACCCGACCCGGAAUUGAGCACGGGUCGUAAUAAAAAUGGGAGCUUUUCUCGGUGGAUCUCGCCGGCGGUUACAGAGAGGAACAAAACAGGGCUGAAGAAAACGAGAUCCGCUCGGGUUAACCCGAUUACUCGUCGGAAAACGAGUUUUUCCUCCGGCGAACGUUCUAAUUCCUUUGUCGGAACCGACGAGUACGUCUCGCCGGAGGUGAUUCGCGGCGAUGGUCACGAUUUCUCCGUCGAUUGGUGGGCUCUCGGCGUUUUGACAUAUGAGAUGAUGUACGGAGAGACUCCGUUCAAAGGGAAGAGCAAGAAGGAGACUUUUCGAAACGUGUUGGUUAAGGAACCCGAGUUCGCUGGAAAACCCAACGACUUAACCGAUUUUAUCCGGCGGUUGCUGGUUAAGGAUCCGAACAAGCGGUUAGGUAGCAACCGUGGCGGGGCGGAGAUAAAGGAGCAUGCUUUUUUCGCGGGUGUGAGAUGGGAUUUGUUAACGGAGGUGUUACGACCUCCGUUUAUUCCGUUAAAGGAUGACGGGGAGUUAACGGUAGGUGGGUUUGAUAUAACGGAACAUUUUGAGGAACGGAGGACGACGUCAUCAUCAGCUCCUCCGUCACCGUUACGGACUCCGACGCACGUGUGCCAUAAGAAUGAUCCGUUUAUUGAUUUCUGA